GGGAGAUCAAGAAUUUAUUGUUGAAGAAUCUUUGUUGGUUCCUACUUGUCAUCAUGAUCUAAAGAAUAAAAAUUCAAUUUCUAUUUUUUGAACUUUUUUAAAUUUUGUGCUCGAGGAAAAAGAAAGCAUAAAUGUAGGCGCAGUUGAUUUAAAUUUAUUCUCUUAUAGAUCAACUGUGAAACGUUCUUCUGUUUAUAGAACCCAAAGCAUGCUCACUGUUCUCAUUCUUGAGACUGAUUUGUGCUUCAUUUCUACUCAGGGUUUCUAUUGCACAUUAGUUUCUUAGAUCACAUUUUGUGGCUUUGGUUGUACACAUAGAGUUGUGAAAGUGCUGUGGAUAUAGAUUGUCAUGGGAACUGAAGAGCCCAAAGAUCCAUUAAAGGGUGUUGACUGGAAAGCCAUAGGCAGUGAAUUGCAGAAGGACCCUAGUGCUGGUGCAAAGCCAAUUUUAAAGAAGCGACUUCCAAAAAAGAUCAGGCAAAUUCCAGAAUAUUAUUUCCUUCCUCGAAGAUCUCUACCUUCUGCAAUUGCAUUCUAUGGGGCAUGUAUUGCAGGUGGAAUUGGUGCUGGCAUGCUGCUAGAGGUCUGGAUAAACAAGAAAGUUAAAGAGGAUGGUGGCGUCAUAUGGGAAUUUGAUAAGUAGAUCAUGGGUGGCACUGCAAGGGUCAACUUUAAGCAUCCAUUUUUCUCUGCUGGUGUUCUUCUAGGGAUGGGACUUAAGGCUGCGAGGUAACUUUUUGGAUUUGAAUGUUAUGGAUUUGAACUUUAUUUUCAUGGUGCAGCCCAAUAUCUAUUCUUCUUAAAUGUAGGACGGGCCUGUAAUGAGUUAUUCACAGCCCAGUUUCGUUCUGAACACGUCUAGAUGUGAACAAUUGUAACCAUUGCUUUAAGGCCUUGUUUGCUUUUAAUAUUCAGACUAGAUUACAGGAGGAGCUACUCUCUUCCUUUUCAAUCUUUAA